AUGGACAUCAACGCGGGACCGCUGGUGGACGACUCGCUCGAUCCACCGGCGCGCAUGUUCGAUCGUCUCCGCCAGAUCGCCGGAUACACCUGGGACGAGACGCAGCGGCCGCUACACACGAGCUACGACAACUGUCCACCCCAGCCAUGUCUCGAGCCCGUCACCCGUCGGCCGCUUGGUCUCAAACCGGACACCCCCGGCAGACGGCUCUGUCUUCUCCCCAACGGCGACCGACGUGGCGAGCGACGGCCAUGUGGACAGUACGUCGUCGGCAUUGAGCUCGGCCUCGUUCGCCUCGGUCAGCGAAGCCCUGGUCGAGGAGGCUGUUGUGGCACGGAUAUCAUACCAUGUGCUGCGUGA